UAGAGGUUUCCAGGGAUCGUGGCUAGUUUCGUCAGGUGCGUGUAGUGCUACAUUUGUGGUCGCACGUAAGCGAACCCACAUCCCUGCAAUGGUCUCAACUUGUACAGAGUACUGUUCUGUAUUCGAUUGCUGUCUCCAAGGCGAGACGGUAUGCGGACUGAGAGAAGUAACUGCUGACCGGGAGCAGUCCGUUAACAAUGAGCCGGCCUCAGAUGGAGGAUUAGAGUCGGGUGCAGAGGAUGAUGAUGGGCAGAGAAACGGCAGUCUGGUUCGGGAUGUGCCUGACAGGAUGGUCUGCUCGGCCUGCCGAUGCUGUUUCAACAGUCGUGAGGAACAGAUGGAGCACUAUAAACUUGACUGGCAUCGGUUUAAUUUGAAGCAGAAGCUUGGAGGACGUCAGCCAGUCACCGUGGAGGAGUUUGAGAGGAAGACGGGAACCGGAGAUGUGUCAAGUUUAUCGGGCUCCGAGUCUGACUCGGGCGGAAGUGACUCUGAUGGUGAUUGGGACGGAAAAAGAAGGGGUCUUACCCACACAGAUAAUGGGGGUUCUGUUGAAGGUGGUCUGAUCCCUAGCCGCCGCUCCAGUAAAGUUGUUUUCAAGAACUCAGAAGGACAAUAUCUGGCAGUCUAUCGAUGUGUCCUUCAGGGCAAGUCAGAUGGUGAGGACGAUCUAGUGGCGUCCCUCAAGACCAUAAGUAACAAGACCGUGUGGGUGAUUCUGAUGACUGGUGGAGGGCACUUUGCUGGUGCUGUGUAUCAAGGGAAAGAAGUUCUUCAGCACAAGACCUUCCACAGGUACACAGUGCGAGCGAAGCGAGGCACAGCUCAAGGUCUCAGAGACGCUCAGAACCGCAGCCACGCACCCAAGUCCGCUGGCGCUGCGCUGAGGCGACACAAUGAGGCAGCUUUAGCGAAGGAGGUUCAGGAUCUUUUAGAUAGCUGGGCUGAUCACUUGAAAAUGGCCUCUGCAAUAUUCUUACGUGCUCCCAGCUAUAAUAAAACCAUUUUUUUGGGGGGGCGGGCAGCCCUGGACAAAAAGGACCCGAGGAUCCGGACACUCCCUUUUGCUACACGCAGAGCAACCUUCCGGGAGGUACAGAGAGUACAUAGUUUACUCUCCACAGUUCAUGUUUAUGAGAAAGACACAGCAAUUGCCACAAUCCUCAGUCCCUCUAAGAAAGUAUUGAGAAAAGCACCCAAACCUACAGCACAACCAAGCCCUGAACAAGAGAGUGAAUGUCUCCUCUCUUUGCCAUCAGCAGAAGCUGAUGAACAUGAUGACUCGGGUAAAGAGGAGGACGGUGAGACAUUGUUGGAGAUAGUGGAGGUGACCCUGGGAACCCUUGACCUGAGGGAGUAUGAAAUCCAACCCUCCAGACAUAAGAGGAGGAGGAGGAGAAAGAAGGAUGGCAACAAAAUGGAGAGGGAGGAGGUGAAUACAAUGGAGAGAAAUAAGCCUGAUGAGGCAGUACUGGAAGCUACACCAACAGAGGACUCCCUCGCAGACAAACCAACCAAGACUAAGCCAACGAGGAUGGCACUAAGCAAGAAGAUGAAGCACCUGGAAGAAGAGGUUGAUGAGUCGUGGGAGUAUGGUCUUAGGGAUGCACUCUAUACAGCCUGUAAAAUCGGGGAUGUGGCCUCCCUAUGCAGACUCCUACAGCUACCUCAGGAAGCCGACCUAAGGGAGGGUCCAGAAGAGCAGGGGAGCAACACGUCCCUUAAGCAGCAGCCUUCCCCUGACGGCAUCAGUCCGCUGACGCACCUCAAUAAGCCCAUAGAUUCCUCAGGCUUCACUCUUCUGCAUGUUGCCUCUGCCGCAGGACAGGGUGCUGUGGUCAAGUUGCUGAUGGAUGCAGGAGCUGACCCAAGUUACCGAGACAACAAAGGUCAGACUCCAUAUAUUGUUGCCCCUGAGAAGGACACAAGAAACGUUUUCCGUAAAUACAUGGGUGAAAAUCCUGACAAAUACGACUACAGCAAAGCACAGGUCCCUGGGCCACUCACGGCAGAGACUGAAUCCAGAAAGAUGGAGAAGAAGAGGGCCCAAAAGGCUGCAAAGAGACAGCGAGAGAAGGAGCAGAAGGAGGAGAAGCGGAAGCAAGAGCUGGAAGCGGAGGAAAGGAAGCGGUUUGCGUCUCUCACUGAUCGUGAAAAGAGAGCCUUGGCAGCAGAGAGAAGGUUGGCAGAGAAAGUGGCUAUGACAGACAUCAGCCUCUCCAACAUCCAGAGGUGCUGGCUUUGUGGGGAUUCUCUGCUUGGGAAGAUCCCAUUUCACUACCUGGAUUAUUCAUUCUGCUCCCCUCGCUGUGUGCAGGCACAUCGUAAGGCCAGUGCUCCCACUGCCAGGACCUGACAACCACAACAGU